GAAAUCAGCUGUUGGAUUUGGACAGGGUAAACAAAAUUAACAAAAAGAGCCGAAGCAGCUCAUGGUACAGUUUUACAUAUUUAUUUUACUUUCGUUGCUGAUUCUUCAUCAAAAUAUUAUGAUAUCUUAAUAAUGAUCUACUCUUCCUUAUCAUAAUUAAACAUGCAAUUUCGUGCUUAUUACAUACAUAAAGUAAAUUCAACACAAAAAUAAGGAUGUGGUUCCAACGCUUAUUUUCCAAAAGGUGGCUGCUUUUCACUAAUACCGUAACCUCUGGCGGUCUAUUGGCCUUUGGAGAUGGCCUGCAACAAACAAUUGAAAAGAAGAGAGGACUUUCUGUAAAAUACGACUGGUCUCGUACAGGCCGAAUGUUUAUUGUGGGUCUCGUAAUGGGCCCUGUGCAUCACUACUGGUAUAUCUGGCUUGACAGAUAUUUAAAGACUAAUCAAGUUUGGCGAAAAAUCCUUGCCGACCAAAUACUGGCAGCCCCGUUUUUUGCCUUCAGCUUUUUCUAUGGAAUGGGAUUUCUUGAAGGGCGGUCAACAGAGGAGAGUUCAAAAGAGUUUCGUGAAAAAUUUGUCACUGUCUACGCUUUUGACUGGCUUUUUUGGCCACCGAGCCAGUAUGUCAAUUUCCAUUAUGUUCCUGGAAAGUACCGGGUGCUGUAUGUGAAUGGAGCCACUGUUGUUUGGGAUGUCUUCCUCUCCUAUAUGAAGCACUACGAUCAGAUAAAACCAAAGGAUAGCAGUAAAAAAAACCAAUGAAAAAAGACUAAAAAAGACUCCAUUUUAACAACUUACUGAGUUGGAAGGUGAGCGCUCCGACGUAGCUGUCUUUGCAUCCAGGCUGGUCGCGUCCGCCGUUUGGAUAGAAAUCGACGUGGCCCACGGGCGCCAGAAUUCCGAAGCCGUCGGACCAAAUCAAACUGCCGUCCGUGUGGAUCACGUCCACAAACUCUGCGUCGGUUAAAUCCAGCCUCUUGUCUGCGUCCAGACCGGCCCGCUCAAAGGUGAAUGACGCAGGGUCCAAACCUACGGAAAGUUUAGUAUAAUCUUCAGUAUUCGUUCUUCAAUUAGAUCUAUUUCUAGUCCCAUGUCAUUCUGUUAUUUUUUUUCCUGAAAUUAAAAGAAAAAAAAUUGGA